CUUGUUUUAAGUGAGCACAAAAAGUAACUUACAUUUCAGAGAGAGAAUGAAAACCUUCCGUGAUCUCUGGUGGCUAUUGUUGUGGCUGGACUAUCAGGAUGUUUUAGCUCAGGACUAUGAGGAACGAGGAGAUGGCAAUGUGGUCAAGAGACAAAGGUUAAAGUAUCAGGCAGCGACCACCACCACAGUAGAAAGACCAGGGGCAAACGAACAAGGUGAUUACGAGGUCUGCAGUUUGGAGAUGGCCUUCCUGCUGGACAGCUCGGAGAGCGCCAAGGAUGUCAACCACGAGAGAGAGAAGAGGUUUGUGUUGGAUUUUGUGGACAGACUUCACAAGCUGCGGGUGACGAGUGGGCGGAGGCUGGUGCCCAGGGUGGCCCUGCUCCAAUACAGCAGCACCGUCUUCAUCGAGCAAAGCUUCCGUGACUGGCGAGGCCCUCAAGCCUUCAGGUCCCGGGUCAGCCCCAUCACCUACAUUGGCCACGGCACCUACACCACCUACGCUAUCACCAACCUGACCCAGCUGUUCAUGAACGAGGCAGCUCAGGGCAGUGUCAGGGUGGCCGUGCUCAUGACGGACGGGGUGGACCACCCCAGGAACCCGGAUAUCUACGCAGCCACUACCCAAGCCAAGAACCAAGGCAUCAAGUUCUUCACCGUGGGCAUGUCUCCCGUGGCCACAGAGCCCGCCAACGCCGCCAAACUGCGGCUCCUGGCCAGUCCCCCCGCCUCACGAUUCGUCCACAACCUGCAGGACAGCGGAGUCAUGGAUGAAAUGCUCAGAGAAGUGUCAGAAUUGGCUGACGAUGGGUGUCCCAAAGCAACAAAAUGUACAUGUGAAAAAGGAGAAAAAGGUCCCUCUGGCCCUCCUGGGAAAAAAGGCCGAGCUGGUGAUGAUGGUAUUCCAGGUCUAAAAGGAAACAAGGGUGAAGGGGGUUUGAGAGGACAUCCUGGAAGAGAUGGAAUGGAGGGAAGAUCUGGUUACAAGGGCGAACAGGGUGAACGAGGUGAAUGUGGGAUUCCAGGAACAAAAGGUGAUCGGGGACCAGAAGGUCUAGUUGGCCCGAGAGGAGUGAGAGGUCUCCAGGGUUAUCCUGGAUUACCCGGGGAGCACGGCCUUAUAGGUGUUCAAGGACAAAAGGGGGAACGUGGACUUCGCGGGCCAUCUGGACUAACUGGUGAAACUGGAAUUGGUCUUCCUGGCGCAAAGGGUGACAUCGGGCUCCCAGGAAGAUCAGGACCUCAUGGCCCACCUGGGAUAGGUGAGCCUGGAUUACAAGGUCCUCCAGGGCUUCAGGGACUUUUAGGAGAUAGAGGUUUGCCUGGAGAAGGUUGGCCAGGAACUAAGGGGGACCGUGGGUUUGAAGGACAAAAGGGAUCUCGCGGAGCGAUUGGCAUUGGAAAGAAGGGCGAUAAGGGCGAAAUAGGCUUUCCUGGCUUGCCUGGCCCUCUUGGCCCACCUGGCAUUGGAUUACAAGGUGAAAAGGGAGAAGGGGGACCUGUAGGACCACCUGGCCUAAGGGGACCUCGAGGAGAAGGGUUUGCUGGAUCCAAGGGUGACCAGGGUUUGCCUGGGGAAGUUGGAGCUCCAGGAGAAAGAGGAAUUGGGGAUUCAGGACCCAAAGGUGAGCCGGGCACAUCAGGAUUGGCAGGUCUACCCGGACUACCUGGAGAAGAUGGAGCUCCAGGACAGAAGGGUGAACCAGGAACUUCAGGUCCUCGGGGGGCUGAAGGUGCAGCAGGGAUAGGAAUACAAGGAGAAAAGGGUGAUUCAGGUCAGAGAGGUGUGCGAGGAUUACCAGGUCCACCUGGAAUAGGAGGCUCAGCUGGACCUAAGGGGGAACCGGGAGCUGUGGGUCGUCUCGGAAUGCCUGGUCUCCCAGGACGAGGUAUUAUGGGGCCCAAGGGAGAAUUAGGUCCUCCAGGUCCCAGUGGUCCAGUCGGAGAUGCUGGGAUAGGAAUUCCUGGUCCCAAGGGUGAUCGUGGAUUUGCUGGGCUGCCAGGACCAAUGGGAUUAAAAGGAGAUGGCUAUCCUGGAUUACCUGGACUGCCAGGUGUUCAAGGCUUUCCAGGUGAGGCAGGACCUGAAGGAAUUGGAUUUCCAGGAGCAAAGGGAGAUCCAGGAGUGAGAGGGCUUCCUGGCGUAGUUGGACCUCCAGGAGAUGGAUUUCCUGGACCAAAGGGGCUCGCGGGAAGUCGAGGCCCUCCUGGCCCUCAGGGACCUCCAGGGGAAGGUAUUCAAGGACAUAAGGGUGACCAGGGUCUUCAGGGGAUACCUGGGCCUCGGGGAGCACCAGGGGAAGGAAUCACAGGACCUAAGGGUGACCGUGGUAUGUCAGGAGACAAAGGUCGGAGGGGAGAUAAAGGUGAAGUGGGUGACAUUGGCGCAUCUGGGCUAACUGGUCGAAUCGGAGAAAAGGGAGAACCUGGAUUAACAAGAGAUGAUAUCAUCAGAAUAAUCAAGGAAAUCUGUGGUUGUGGAAUUAAAUGCAAAGAAAGGCCGAUGGAACUCGUCCUUGUGAUUGACAGCUCAGAAAGUGUGGGACCGGAUAACUUUGAGAUCAUAAAAGAUUUUGUCACUGCCCUUGUUGACAAAGUAACAGUUGGUAGAAAUGCGACCCGAAUCGGUCUGGUGCUGUACAGCUUGGAGGUACGACUGGAGUUUGGGCUGAAUAGAUAUCUCACCCAGCAAGACGUCAAACAGGCGAUUAGAAAAAUGAUGUACAUCGGUGAGGGCACAUACACAGGAACCGCCAUCCGCAAAGCGACGCAGGAAGGAUUCUAUGGAACCAGACCGGGUGUGAAGAAGGUUGCUAUAGUAUUGACCGAUGGACAGACAGAUAAGAGAGAGACGGUUAAGCUGGAUUUCGCUGUGCGCGAGGCUCAUGCGGCUAACAUUGAGAUGUACGCAAUCGGUAUUGUGAACACCACGGACUCAACACAAGACGAAUUCUUACGUGAACUGAACCUGAUUGCAUCCGAUCCUGAUAGCGAACACAUGUACCUCAUCGACGAUUUCAACACUCUGACAGCUCUGGAGUCGAAAUUGGUCAGACAAUUCUGUGAGGAUGAAAAUGGUGCUUUGAUUUACAACCGAAUCGGAAAUGGAUUAAUACCACACAUAAAGCCUUUAUAUUCAGUGGUUUCAAGUGCCACACAUGCCAGAGAGCAAACUGAACAAAUUAUGACAAAAUACAAGCAAACAGAAGAGGCACAGGUUACUGUACAGGUGAAGCCAUCGUUAACUGGAGUGACUGAUGUGGGAAAAACUUCAAGGAUUAUUGAAGAGAAACAAAAAGUGGAAGCAGAUCAUCAUUAUAAGGAAAAGGAAAUCCCGAAACGUGUAUCCACUUCAUCUCAUUCAAAAGGCAACAGUUUUCCAUCAAUCACUAGACAGGUUCCAAGGCUCCAAACGCAACCUGUUAAACCAGUAAAAGCAUCGCCACCAGUCUCAACAGUGCUUAGACCAACAUCAGAUCCGCACUGUGAGCUGCAUUUAGACCAGGGGACAUGUCGUAAUUAUAUCAUUAAAUGGUAUUAUGAUAAGCAGGCCAAUGCUUGCGCACAGUUUUGGUAUGGCGGAUGCAAUGGGAAUCUAAAUCGUUUUGAAAAUGAAGAUGAAUGCAGGAAGACCUGUGUGAUUCUCAGUACAGAUUCCUGAUAUGCAUCCCAGGCAAACUAUACCUCAGCAAAUCCUGAUCAUAUUCAAAUAUAAGAAAGACUGGUGUGCAUUUAAUACGCUAUGAACAGUGUUUUGGUAGCUACUUUAUAAAGAUUCAACUUGUACAAAAGUGUUAAUACAGAUUGCUUGCCUUUAUAAUAGUGUGUCUAUGUAAACAGAAUUCUCAGGGGUUGAAAAUGCAAAUUAUAAAUGUUUUUCGAUAUGUCUGCACAAUUCUCUUUGAACCCCUCCAACGGUUGUGUGGGUACAGGAACAAGUUUAUGCAGACAAGAGGAUUGCAGAUUCAAAUCCUGGUUUAUCCUGAUCUCGGCAGUAGCUGGAGGUAGGCUGCUCAAAUUGCCCACAGUCCUGGGUUAGAGAGGAAUAAUUCACACAAGGUUUCUCCGCUGGAAGGUGCAUAUACCUGGACAUUAGGUAGGGACAUGAUUAGGGUCUUGGUUGCAAUGACCUCGAUAAUCGGAACAACUGGCAUUAGUGAAACCAUUCCAAUUAGAAGGAAAAAGGAGUCAAAUGCCUUUAGGGGAGAAGGGGCAAAGAAAAUUGGAGGAGAAAAAUGGUCCAAAAAAGAUUCUUCGCAAUAAUUUUGAACAUCAAUUUGGAUAAGAUCAAAUUUUUAUUUGCAUUUAAAUCUGUAUUCUAUUGUUCAAUGUUGGGAAUGUUAAUUUUCCUGGUUACAAAGAAGGAAGGUUUAACAGUUACACCUGAAAGCAUUGAGUUUACUAAUUGUUUGAUAUCUAUGCAACAAUUCUAGCAUUUGGUUUGUGUUAUUUCCUCAAACUUCUGAAACGGUAUUUGUCACAAGAAAGCGAUAACAUGAAUUUUACGCGUUGUUAUCUGAUAAACAUUUUUAACCACUGUACUCUGAUGGUAAAGUAGUUUAAACAGUUGACAAGAGUAUUAUUAAAUGUUUAUCAAAUGUCUAGUUUAUGAAGUAUGCCUUUGUUCAUCUGGAUGUAAAUUGACUGAAACAACUACUUGUUUUGAGAAAUUAAAGCACUGACUCCUUCUUACAGAUCGCUGGAAAGUUUCCAUGAUACGUACUAAAGUGUGAGGCCUUACCGAGUACAUACUGUGUUUGAAUGAUCCAAAGUAUUUCUGGGUAGUAAUGUGCUACUAAGUGUGUUAAAUAAACUGUACGCGUUUAUACAUUU